GGGUGCAAUGGAGUACGUAUCUCUCCUUGGAUUGAGAGGUUGGGAUUCUCACCACACAUACAUGUGACGUAACCCUUCCCCCCCGCGCAUUCCUUUCAACGCCAACGCCACGCAGCGCAGCGAGGCGCGCGCCGCGCCACUUGUGUGCGCGCACGUGUAUACGUCAGUGUGCGUAUGGGAGACUUUUGGGUUUUUGAAUAAGGCACACAAUGGUGGUCUCGCAGGAGGUGCUCUCGAGGGCGGAGGAGGUCGCCGACCAGGUAAUCCGCAAUGGUAAACACGUGCUUCCAACAUUAGCACGAUUGUGUCUCAUUGCUACUUUCCUAGAGGAUGGCUUGCGGAUGUGGUUUCAAUGGAGCGAGCAACGAGAAUAUAUGGAUGCAUCAUGGGGCUGUGGAAAAUUUCUAGCCACCGUCUUCGUUCUCGUGAAUCUUAUUGGGCAACUCGGUGGAUGUGUCAUGGUGAUCAGUAGAUGGCGAGUCAUCAUAGCUUGCUGCGUUUUGUUCUUCAUUGUGAUUCUGCAGACAAUUGCAUACAGCAUACUAUGGGACAUGCAAUUCCUAUUCAGGAAUCUAGCGUUAAUAGGAGCGCUUCUAUUGGUGCUGGCAGAGUCGCGAGUCGAAGGUAGAUCACUUUUUGCUGGUGUGCCCAGUCUUGGUGAUAACAAACCUAAGAAUUUACUGCAAUUGGCUGGCCGAGUUUUGUUGGCGUUCAUGUUCGUCACCCUAAUUCGCUUCGAGAUAUCUUUUCUACAAAUCCUCCAAGACAUUGUUGGCAGCAUCCUGAUGGUAUUAGUGACAGUCGGCUACAAAACUAAGCUGAGCGCAUUACUACUUGUCGUUUUAUUAACUGCAUUAAACUUCUACCAUAAUGCAUGGUGGACCAUUCCUGACUAUAAACCACUCAGGGAUUUUCUCAAAUACGACUUCUUCCAGACACUUUCAGUCAUCGGAGGUCUCCUGAUGAUAGUCUCCCUAGGUCCAGGUGGAGUAUCGAUGGACGAACAUAAAAAAGAAUGGUAGAAGCGAUCCUACUUAUGAAUGUGGAUACGUUAUCAGGUUGUUGUCAGGAAAGUUAAAACGAAUUAUUGUCUCCUAUCCCUUUGUAUGCUCAAAGAAAUCCUCAACAAAUCAUUGUGUGUUAAACGACAAGAAACCCGGUUACGUCGAUUUCGGUCCAAUGCAGUCAUUCUGUGUGUAAUCAGUUAACUGAGAUUCAUAUUUUAACAUUAUGACGAAAAUAAUCGAAAAGAGAAGGAAAAAGAUAAGCACAUGCAGAUAAAGACUAUAUUACAGAUAAUGGCAUUGUACAUAUGACACUGCAUCUAACACGGAUAUUGUAUUUUUUCCUAUCUAUGUUUUCAAUUAUUUUUAAUUGUGAGUUGAUUAUUUUGAGAUUCGAGUUUUAGUAUUGAAUAUAUGCUUCCAUUAUUCCGAA